CGUGAGGCGGAAGUGGGGGCGGGAAGGCUGACAGCGCCGGGCGCGGCAGUGUUGGGGGUGCUUGGCAGGCCGGUGCCCCUUGGCUGUUCCCAGCGGUCCCGCGGCAGCCCCCGCGCCAGGGCGGGGCAGGAUCCCUCCGGAGGAGGCCUCGGCCCGCAGGAGGGAGAUAGAGGACAAGCUCAAGCAGGAAGAAGAAACGCUGUCCUUUAUAAGAGAGAGUCUUGAAAAGAGUGAUCAGCUCACCAAAAACAUGGUUUCCAUCCUCUCCUCCUUUGAGAGCCGUUUGAUGAAGCUGGAGAACUCUAUCAUCCCUGUACAUAAGCAGACAGAGAAUCUACAACGUCUGCAGGAGAAUGUUGAGAAGACCCUGUCCUGUCUGGAUCAUGUCAUUAGUUAUUACCAUGUGGCUAAGGACACAGAGAAGAUCAUAAAGGAAGGCCCUACGGGGAGACUAGAGGAGUAUUUGGGCUGCAUGGCCAGAAUCCAGAAGGCUGUAGAAUAUUUCCAGGACAACAAUCCUGACAGCCCAGAACUGAACCGGGUGAAAUCCCUGUUUGAGAGGGGGAAGGAAUCUCUGGAAUCAGAAUUCCGCAGUCUGAUGACGCGACACACCAAGCCAGUUCCUCCAAUCCUCAUCCUGGAUCUGAUCAGUGGGGAUGAUGAGAUUGAUACGCAGGAAGAUAUGAUUUUGGAACACCUCCCUGAGAGUGUCUUGCAAGACAUUGUCCGUAUCUCCCUUUGGCUGGUGGAGUAUGGAAGAAACCAAGACUUCAUGAAUGUUUAUUACCAAAUCCGCUCUAGCCAGCUCGACCGCUCCAUCAAAGGUCUGAAGGAGCAUUUCCGUAAGAACAGCUCCUCCACAGGCAUCCCGUACUCCCCCGCCAUUCAGAACAAGAGGAAGGACACACCGACCAAAAAGCCUAUCAAGAGACCAGUCUUCAUUCCAGGCACGAUCCGGAAGGCUCAGAACCUUCUGAAACAGUAUUCUCAGCAUGGUCUAGAUGGGAAAAAGGGGGCCUCUAACCUCAUUCCUAUGGAAGGGAGGGAUGACAUGUUGGACAUCGAGAUUGAUGCGUACAUUCACUGUGUUAGCGCCUUUGUGAAACUGGCCCAGAGCGAGUACCAGCUCCUGACAGAAAUCAUCCCAGAGCACCACCAGAAGAAGACCUUUGACUCCCUCAUUCAGGAGUCUCUGGAUAACCUGAUGAUAGAGGGGGAUAACAUUGUCUCAGCAGCCCGGAAGGCCAUCAUUCGGCAUGACUAUUCAGCUGUGCUCACCAUCUUCCCCAUCCUCAGACACCUGAAGCAGACAAAGCCAGAGUUUGAUCAAGUCUUACAGGGCACUGCAGCCAGCACAAAGAACAAGCUUCCAGGGCUGAUCACCUCCAUGGAAACCACAGGUGCAAAAGCACUGGAGGACUUUGCAGACAACAUUAAGAAUGAUCCAGACAAGGAGUAUAACAUGCCGAAAGAUGGGACAGUUCACGAACUCACCAGCAAUGCCAUUCUCUUCCUGCAGCAGUUGCUGGAUUUCCAGGAGACAGCAGGUGCCAUGCUGGCAUCCCAAGUUCUUGGGGACACAUACAAUAUUCCUUUAGAUCCCAGAGAGACCAGCUCUUCAGCUAGCAGCUACAGUUCUGAAUUUAGCAGACGUCUGCUCAGCACCUACAUCUGCAAAGUAUUGGGCAACUUGCAACUAAACCUUCUCAGUAAAUCCAAGGUUUAUGAGGACCCAGCUUUGAGUGCCAUCUUCCUGCACAACAACUACAAUUACAUCCUUAAAUCCCUUGAAAAGUCUGAGCUAAUCCAGUUGGUGGCUGUGACUCAGAAAACAGCAGAGAGGUCUUACAAGGAGCACAUUGAGCAGCAGAUCCAAACCUACCAGCGCAGCUGGUUAAAAGUAACAGAAUACAUCUCGGAGAGAAACUUGCCUGUCUUUCAAUCAGGAGUCAAGCUCAAGGAUAAGGAGAGGCAGAUGAUAAAGGAGCGUUUUAAGGGUUUUAAUGACGGCCUGGAGGAGUUGUGUAAAAUCCAGAAGGCCUGGGCCAUCCCUGACAUGGAGCAGAGGGACAAAAUCCGCAAGGCCCAGAAAACCAUUGUGAAAGAGACCUACAGUGCCUUCUUACACAGGUAUGGCAAUGUGCCCUUCACCAAGAACCCUGAGAAGUACAUCAAGUAUAGAGUUGACCAGGUGGGCGAGAUGAUUGAGAAGCUGUUCGACACAUCAGCAUGAACCGCUGACUUAUAUGGUAGUCAGUGUUUUCCUGGUCACCUCUGGGCCUCCUUCCCUGCCCCAUUCUGGUGGGUUGGUGUUAUACUUGUAUUUAUUGGAUUUAUAAACAUGUGAAAACACUC